UGCCAUUGCAGUAGUGAAGUAGCUCUUUUACUCUAAGAGCUUCGUGUAAUUGUUACUUCAAACCCUUCAAAGAUUGACAUAUCGGAAAAAAUGAGUGGUGAAGGCCUGGGGAAGAAACCUACAUCAGUUGGUCCAUGGGGAGGCCAAAGUGGCUCUCCCUGGGAUGAUGGAGUAUACUCCAGUGUAAGGCAAAUAGUUAUAGCUCACGGUUCGGGCAUUGAUUCCAUCCAAAUCGAGUAUGACAAGAAUGGAAAAUCGGUUUGGGGAGACAAACACGGAGGAAAGGGUGGCAAUAAGUUUGACAAGGUAAAACUUGAAUACCCGGAUGAAUAUCUAACUUCAGUUCAUGGAACCUAUGGGAGCUUUGAUGUUUGGGGAACUUUAUGUGUCCGAUCACUUACAUUCGAGAGUAACCGUAGAAAAUAUGGACCGUUUGGCUCUGAGUCAGGUACUUACUUCUCAUUGCCAAAGUCGGAGGCAAAGAUUGUAGGGUUCCAUGGUAAAACUGGUUGGUACCUGGACGCCAUUGGUGUUCAUAUUCAACCGCUUCACAAAGAAAAUUCCUCAAAAAUUGCUCUGCCAGCACAGUAUCAUGUCACUAACGGUAACGAGAAACUCGAGUACUCAGUGAUACAAGGAAGUGUAGGCCAAAGCUUCGAUAUAGUUGUUGCCGUCAAGCAGAAAGAUUCCACAUUGCUUCCUUCUGUACCCCGAGACCAAGCGGUCACUGAGACCAAACAUAAGUUGGCGGAUCCAGAGAAAUCACACCCGAAGACUGAAGGUGUUAGCUCAAAUCUCGAAGAAGGUGGCAAGACGUAUGGACCGUGGGGCGGAACUGGUGGAACCAUGUUUGACGAUGGGAGUUUUACGGGUAUUAGACAAAUCAAUUUGUCACGGAAUGUUGGAAUUGUAUCGAUAAAGGCCUGUUAUGAUCGUAACGGGCAGGUUGUGUGGGGAAGCAAGCAUGGCGGUACAGGAGGAUUUAAACAUGAUAAGGUUGUGUUUGAUUUCCCAUCAGAGGUUUUAACACGCAUAACAGGAACUUAUGGUUCUUUGAUGUAUAUGGGGCCUAAUGUGAUCAGGUCACUGACCUUUUACACCAACAAAGGGAAGCAUGGGCCUUAUGGAGAAGAACAAGGACCCUCUUUUACCAACAAAAUUGGCGAAGGAAAGAUCGUUGGAUUCCUCGGGAGAGAGGGUUUAUUCCUCGAUGCCAUUGGUGUACAUGUCCACGAGUGCAAGAUAACGCCCCUCAAGCCAUCUCCCUACAACGCAAUCGUUCCCCACAACUCCCAAAUCGCCGAAAUCGAGAACUCUCCCUGGGCUAACAAGUUGGUACUUGCAGGAUAUGGACAAUCCGAAGAGGUUUCACGUGGAGUCGUGAAAGAACCAGCACCGUGUGGGCCGGGGCCAUGGGGAGGUGAAGGAGGUAAACCAUGGGACGACGGUGUGUUUUCGGGGAUCAAGCAGAUAUUCGUGACAAGAGGAGAAACCGCUAUCACUUCCAUACAAGUCGAGUACGAUAGAAAUGGGCAGUCGGUCUGGUCUGUCAAACAUGGUGGCAACAACAACGGAGGAGUCGCCACACACAGGAUAAAACUCGAGUGUCCGCAUGAAGUACUCACCUGCCUUUCCGGGUACUACGGUCCAGUGAGCAAUUCAGACACAACUAAAGUGGUGAAGUCGGUGAGUUUCUACACGAGCCGAGGGAAAUAUGGACCGUAUGGCGAAGAAAACGGAACGUAUUACACAUCGACGAAGACAGAAGGGAAAGUGGUGGGGUUCCAUGGAAGGAGCAGUUCUUACUUGGACGCCAUUGGAGUUCAUAUGCAGCAUUGGCUGGGGAACCAUAAGCCUUACAAGUCUUCUUAUUUCAAACUCUUCUGAAACACCUAUUUCAAUAAUAGUAAUAAUAAUAAAAGCCUUUGAUGUUGCAGUUA